GAGAGAGAGAGAAUAUCGCACGAGGGUUAUCUUCUUAUUCUAAUUGUCCCGUUCCACCUUAAAUGGUUGCACACUGGCGCCUGAGAGCACAGAAUCUAACCGUUUAUUUAUCACCGUUAUGGGAAUGCACCUGCUGCACCAUUUAAGGUGGAACGGAACAAUUCGCACAACAAGCUGACGAGUUGAGACUGCAUUGUUCUCUCUCCAGGCACCUUUUCUGUUUCUGAGCGAACUUUGUGUGAGAAUAUGAAAGUGUGAGACCCACAGCGCCGUGGCUUCCUUGGGGACUUUGCAUUGAUAGCAUCUUUACUUCCGUGUCUUUUUAUGAAGGCUAUUCUUAUAAGGUUCGCUUUACUUCCUUGUGUAUAGAGAAUAGAGGAACUGACCACUUUGUAACUGAGCUGGUCGUUUAUCAUCUCUAACAGGCUGUUUUCUCCACUCUUCUCCCUAUUAAAAUGUGAAUUCCCUCGUUUCAGAAGGACUGUAUUUCGAUGUGAGCGAGUUUUUCCUCAGACGCGGGCAGAGUACAAAGUUUUCUACUGGUGCAACAUUGAGAUCACUGGGUUAAUGCUUUACUAAAACUGAAGGAUUCUAAUCUUCCAACUCUCUGGUGUGUGACCAGAAGCAGAGAUGGCAGGUCGACACGGAGACCUGACGGAGUAUAAGAGGAGUCUCAUAAAGCGAGACUUGGAGAUGGGCGUUGUGAUGACAGUAUAUAGGCAGAAGAUGGAGAGACUCACUGUACAGGUUAUUAUGGAGACCAGACAGGUGGCCUGGACACGCACUGCCGACAAGAUUGAUGGAGUGUUGGAACUUUUUGAGAUCCGGGAGGUCCGUUCAGGAAAAAACUCCAAAGACUUUGAGAGAUUUAAGGAGAGCAAGGACAAGCAUCCAGACAACACAUGCUUCACAAUAUUCUACGGCAACCAGUUUGUCCUUAACACACUGAGCCUGGGAGCUGACUCAGCAGAAGACGCAGAGAAAUGGCUAACAGGGCUGGAGCUACUCAGACAAGAGACAAUGUAUGCUCAUACUCCAGAGAUUAUAGAGAGUUGGCUGAGAAAGCAGAUGUACUCUGUUGAUCAGACAAAGAAGAACAGCAUCACUUUGAAGGAGAUCAAGUCUUUGUUGCCUCAGAUCAACUUUAAAGUGCCUGGAGGGAGAUUUCUCAAGGAAAAAAUGGUGGCUGUUGGAGGGAAGAAAGAUGUUCUCGACUUUGAGCAGUUUCACAAAUUCUAUAAUGAUUUGAUAUUUGAAAACCAGAGGACGAUACUGGAUGAGUUUAAAAAGGAGUCCUGUGCCUUCAUCAUGGGUAACUCAGAUAAGCCAGAUUCCUCAGCAGUUCUCCUGUAUGACUUCCAAAGAUUCCUUCUCUAUCAGCAGAAAGAGGUUUGGGCCAACAACACGAAUCAGGUGCGAGAGCUGAUGACCACCUUCAUCGACGACAACAUGAGGAAGACCAAUGACCCAGAGUUCACAGUUGGCGAGUUCCUCAACUUUCUCUUCUCCAAAGAGAACUCCAUUUGGGAUGAGAAGUACUCAGGGGUGUCCAGCCUGGACAUGAAUAACCCUCUGUCUCACUACUGGAUCAACUCUUCUCACAACACCUAUCUGACUGGUGACCAGUUGCGCAGUGAGUCGUCCACAGAGGCCUAUGUUCGCUGCUUGAGACUUGGCUGCCGUUGUAUUGAGUUGGACUGCUGGGGUGGCCCGUCAGAUGAGCCCAUUAUAUACCAUGGCUGGACAAGGACAACCAAGAUCAAGUUUAGAGAUGUGGUGAAGGCCAUCAAUGACCAUGCCUUUGUAGCAUCUGAGUACCCUCUAGUGCUGUCUAUAGAGGAGCACUGCGAUGUGAAGCAGCAGAAGCUGAUGGCACUGGUGUUCAGAGAAGUGUUCCAGGACAAGCUCCUCACUGAGCCUGUGGAGCUGGAAGCCGAGCAGCUGCCCUCUCCCAAUCAACUCAAGGGCAAGAUCAUCAUCAAGCACAAAAAAUUGAAUAUUGGUGAGAGCUUUGGCCAAAAAAACCUGCGUAAGGGGGAUAAGCAGGGAGAGCUUUUCAUCUGGGACCCCAUAGAUGAGCGCUGGUAUAAGCACUACUGCGUGGUCUCAGGAAACAAGCUGUACUAUGCAGAGGAGAAUGAGCCAGAAGAUGAGCUUGGGAAGGCUCAGGGCUGUACAGACCUGCACCAAUCUGAGCCCUGGUUUCAUGGACGAUUGUCUGAAGGCAGGCAGACGGCAGAGAGGCUGCUGCAGGAGUUCUGCACUGAGUCUGGAGGCAAAGACGGAACCUUUUUGGUGCGAGAAAGUGACACCUUCGUUACUGACUGCACCCUCUCUUUCUGGCGCAGUGGGAGAGUUCAGCACUGCCGGAUUCGCUCAGCCUCAGAGGACGGCCACAUUGUGUUCUUCUUGACGGACAACCUGCACUUUCCCAGUGUGUAUGCCCUGAUCCACCACUACAGAGAAAACCCUCUCCGCUGCCAUGACUUUAACUUGCGCCUCACCGACUUUGUGCCCCGGCCAAAUCAGCACCUUACUGAGCGGUGGUUUUAUAGUAACUUGAGUCGAGGCGAGGCAGAAGACCACCUGCUGAGGAUCCCUCGAGAUGGAGCGUUCCUGAUUAGACAGAGAGAAGAGCCAGACUCUUACGCCAUCACCUUCAGAGGUGAAGGCAUGGUCAAGCACUGUCGGAUCCACAAAGAGGGAUCCAUGUACGUGUUGGGCACCUCCAGCGAGUUUGAGAGCCUGGUGGAGUUGGUCAACUAUUUCCGCAAGAAACCUCUCUAUCGCCAAAUCAAACUCCGCUACCCCGUCACGCCAGAGCUAGUGGAGCGCUUCUGCACGGAGUGUAAAUCUGCUUUACUCUAUGACAGCACGCAGUAUGUGGAGGCCAAUGAAAUUGAACCAUCUCUAACUCAGUGCACAGUGAAAGCCCUGUAUGAUUACCGGGCCAUGCGGGCAGAUGAGCUCAGCUUCUGCAAAGGUGCUGUGAUCCACAACGUUAUCAAAGAGAGCAACGGAUGGUGGAAAGGUGAUUUUGGUGGGAAAAUGCAGCUCUACUUCCCUGCUAACUAUGUGGAAGAGGUCGUUAACAAUGCUGCAGCUGAGGCCAAAGGCCUUGCUGAUGAAGAUAAUCCACUGGGUGACUUGUGUAAAGGUGUGGUGGACAUUUCCAAGUGCAACGUUGUGCGUUCGGCUAAGCAUGGCAAGAGCGUGGUGGUAACAUUGCAGAAUAAAGACUGUAAAGAGAACAUGAUGCCAUUCGAUUUGGCCACGGAGACCACAGAGGAGCUGUAUGAAUGGUAUCAGGUGGCCUGGGACAUCACACAAAGAGAGGAGAACCGGGAGUUUGAGGAAACAAAUCAAAAGAAGUUGGAAAAAACUGAUGUGGUGGCCAAAGAGAUGUCUGACUUGGUGGUAUAUUGUCAGCCGCGCAGCAAAGAUAAAGAUCGUUUUGACAAUUUUAGUUAUAAAGAGAUCCGGUCCUUUGUGGAGAAUAAAAUUCCCAGCAAGAAUAAGUUGAGUGACUUUCUGAGGUAUAACCGCAGGGCACUUAGCCGCAUCUACCCCAAGGGUCAGCGGGUAGAUUCCUCCAACUAUGACCCUCAUCCACUGUGGAUGUGCGGCUGUCACAUGGUGGCACUCAACUUUCAAACCUCUGAUAAGUUUACACAGCUGAACAGCGCCCUCUUCAGUCUGAAUGGAGGCACAGGCUAUGUUCUGCAGCCUGAGCUCAUGCGCUCAGAAAGCUAUGAACCUCAGCAGGAUAACAACACCGUCAAAUUCACCCUGUCUGUUCGAGUGAUAGCAGCCAGGCAUCUCCCUAAGCCGGGUCGCAGUAUUGUCAGCCCUUUUGUUGAGAUUGAGCUGUGUGGUCAGACUGAUGACUGCUCCAAGUUCAAGACCACAGUCUGUCAUGAUAACGGGCUGAACCCCGUGUGGCUUGGGCCGCAUCGACAGGAUGCGGAAACAAUUACAUUCACAGUAUAUGAACCAGAGCUCAGCUUUUUACGCUUUGUUGUCUUUGAGGAAGACAUGUUCUCUGAUCCCAACUUCCUGGCCCAGGCUACCUUCCCUGUGAAAGGAGUUCGCUCAGGAUAUCGCUCUGUCCCUCUGAAGAAUGGUUACAGCGAGAACCUGGAGCUCGCUUCACUUCUGGUGUAUGUUGACAUACAACAGGUAGAGAAAGCAGAAGAGGAGUUAUACUCCUCCUCCAGCCAGUUGCGAAAGAGACAGGCCGAGCUCAGCAACGAGCUCUUCCUGUACGACACUCAUUCCGGCCUGCAGCGUUCAGCGCCCCCCCAUCGCCGUGAUGACCUUAUGCAGGAGUUCAGCUCUAAUGAGAAACAACUCCAGAGGAUCAACGACACAUGCAAACAGAAGAUGAAAGAGAAGAAAAUCAACAAUAGCAGGUUCUACUCAUGAGGGAAGAGAGCACCUGAGCUUUCAGCCCCUCACCCACUCACUUCACUUCUGCUUAUGAGGAUUCCCCUCCUUGGCUCCGCUGCUUUACUGCUGAUGCUCUUGCAGACUGGGCAGGCGAGAGCAGAUUCCAUGGAGUUGUGACCAUAUUUGCUUUCAGCCAUCCAGGAUGGAAAGUGCAGGGCUGAGACGCCUGCUGGAGCAGGACACUGAACAGUGAUUUCAGCAAGAAGAGUCCAAGAUGAAGACCCUCGCUUCUAUGCACAGAGCUAGGAAUGUGGACAUUAUCAACUAUAAUUUAAAAAAAAUAAAAAAUGGCUGAAUUGUAUUAAUCAAAAUCCAUCAGCUCUCACUUGUUUGCAACAUAAUAAAUAGUUUUGGUUCAUUGCUGCCAAUUGUUUAACUGAUUAAUGAUACAUGAUUUCCCCAGCAUUUGAGGAAUUUUGAUGCAAGACUAACAGAAAGUAUGAUUCCCAUCAGUUCUCCAUAGUGGCUUAAAAAGAUAAAGAUCUUGCUGUCCAGUCAUUUGCAGUUUGAAACAACAGCAUCAAUACUGUGAAUUUAAGUAAAAUGAUGAAUUCUGAAGCUUUUUGAAACAUAUUCACAGACAGUUUAUUUUGAUUGAAAUUAUUUCACAUCGUAGUUGUCUUAUUUUCCUGUUGAAGGUCUUGUAUUGUCAUUACAACAGCCACAGAGCAGCAGCAGCAGCAACCCAGCUGUAGAAGCAGAUAAACACAGACAGGAGGAAAUAAGGGCAGUUCUAUCUGCAAAAACUCCAGGAAUCAUGGGAAAUGUAGUUCAUUUAUGUACAUGACUGCGCCCUGGAGGGGACCGCAGUGGUAGGCGUCCCAAUCUUCACCACAUUAAGACUCAGUCACAAUUCAAAAUGAUAGAAAGCUUGUUUAAAAAAAAUGCAGAAAAAGAGAAGUUCUAAUAUCUCGGAGAGGAGUAAAAGUAGGAGGCUGUGAGGAUAGACGUAAGUGCAAAAAGCACAGUGAGCUACACAGGAUAGAAAUAUGACAAAUGGAUGAGCGGCUCUGUAAAUCUAGUUUCCCCCAUGUACUAUAGAAAAUAAAAGUGACUUCCCCUGCUUACUCUAGCCCCUCUGCCUGUUUCUCCCCUGCUUUAUAAAAACUGCAGUAUAUUUUUAAAUGCUUUCUGCAGAAAAAGGGUUACGAAACCCUUCUAGCUACCUGGAUGCCUUCAGCCCUCAC